AUGACACGCUCGUCCGCCGUGCUGCUGUUAGCUGGAUUAACGGUGAUUUUAGCUGCAGAGCACCCAAAACCGUUCCUAUGUGUGGAUCAAAUGGAAAUAAACAGUACGGAAGGAGCAUUAAAAAAUGCGCUCUUCUGUGGGACCAGCUACAACCCACGCUACCGGCCAGUAAAAUAUCAACAAGAUCGUCUCGCCAUGUACAUCGGUGCUGAAGUGAUCAAUGUUGAAAAAGUUCGCAAUGACGAUUCGAAGCUGGAGAUAACUCUAGAGCUGCUGAUGCAAUGGUACGACGCGUUCCUGCACUGGAACAAACGAAGCAGUGGUAAUAUAGAAACUAUUAACGUCUCCGAACAGGAUCUUUGGACUCCUACAUUUGGGGCUAAAUCGUUUCAAAAGUCGCCCCGCGUUCAAAGCACUAAACAGUGCUCUCGUGUGAAAUGUCAUCUUAGCUACGAUGGGGAAGUUAUCUAUACGGUUCUGUGCACCUUCACCGUCGACUGCUACACAGAGCCGAGAUACUGGGCUUUCGAUACGAAGAUUUGCACGUUGCGUAUUUAUUCCGUCGAGUACGAUACCAAUCAAUUAUCGCUGUUCCACUUCCAGCGACGCCUGUCGUACCCGAGCUAUUCGCUUCUGCCGUUCAAAAUUACCUCGUUCCAGAUGGCCACCGUGAAUAGCACGAUGAGCCCAGAGUUUCGCAUGGAUAUUGUCAUCGAGAGAUUGAUCGGUUCACAUCUGGUAGUGUUUCUCGUGUUUAUCGUCAUGCUCUGCCUGUUGAAUUUGUUCAGUCUGUGGUUCAACAUAAACUCUAGCGCACGCACGAUCGCAGUGGUUCUGGGCACGAUGAUGCAAAGCCUCUUCCUGGUCAUUCUCUACUGGUACGGAACUGUGAAAAUGAAACCAGUCAUCUCUCUGGCAUAUCUAUUGUUCGGGUCGUUUUCUUUCGGAGCCAUUGUAUGCGGAUGGACAUAUUUUGUUCGACGUCAGAUCAGCAGCAGGAGGCGAUUUACCCACUGUCCACGAACUGUAGCGCAGAUGAUUGGAUUUUUGAGGAAAAAUCGCCCACUCGCCUCAUAUAUGUCUAUCGGGUAUCUGAACGGAGGCAGCAAGAUUGAAAAAUUGUCCAACGAAUGGGACGAUACCCAAGCGGACCAGCAUACACAAACUUCGGUCGCCUCGCAACGACAUCACGAUGAUGAUAUGACUUCUAACGGGAAUGAGGAUUGUGAGGUAAAGUGGCAGGAAGUAGUGCAGCCACUUGAUCGUAUCCUUUUCUGCGCCAUGCUCACUGCCUACCUUUUGAUGUUCAUCGUGUACAUUUGUUAG